GGGAGAGAGCUGGUUACGAGGGCAGGGGGGACAUUUGCUGUGGCGCCAGUUCCAGCAGGGGAGGAGACUCGGGGGCAGGGAAUCACGUUCCGGGGUAGCAGCCGCAGCAACUGAACAUUGGCUGUCAAAAACGUCUGAAGGCAUCGGUUCCUUGUAUUGCGAUGACACUGUGCCUGGUUUUGAAAGGCUGAAUUAGCUGUAUGAGGCUGCCUUGGGUCUUUCCUGAGGCAGAAAAUGGCAACAGGGCACAGCGACGCAUCAGUGCCAAGCCUUCCCUUGUGGAUUGCACGAGAACAGAGCGGGUGGAGGGAAGAGCUGGACCCAGCAGGCCCAGAAUUGAGGAGAGGAGGAGAAGGCUGUCCUGUCUCCCAUUAUGGGAACAUGAAGGAAUUCUGGGAAGGAACCACAUCAGGGCACAUAAAAGAGGAGCCGGGUGAAGUCCCACGGCAGCGAUGGGAAACCCAGUGGCAGCACUUCCUGAAGACAGUAGAUUCCUCCUCAUCAACAGGGCGAGCCUCAGAACUCUCCACACCAAGCAGCAAUACCUGGCCUGUCUCCUCUACCUUCCAGGGGGUGUCUGAUGUUGGUCAGCUGCCUAGAGGAGGAGAAGAAGACCGUCAGCAUCCAUAUGGCUCCACUGUGGAAGCCCAGCACUCCGAUCAUGCCACGUUGGCUAAGGACGAGGCGGCCCGUGGGAAAGUGAAGGAGGCAAUCCCGGAGGAGGAAGGGUAUGAGAAAGUGAUCCUUGGCGAGGGUGCCACUGGCUCGCAAGCGGAGUGUCAGUGCUUCCGGCAGCUCGUCUACCAGGGGGCUGAGGGCCCCCGGAAGGUUUGCAGGAAGCUCCAGGAGCUUUGCCGUCAGUGGCUGAAGCCAGAGAGGCACUCCAAGGAGCAGAUCCUAGAGCUGGUGAUCCUGGAGCAGUUCCUGGCCAUCCUGCCCGAGGAAAUGCAGAGAUGGGUGAAGGACCACAGUCCCGAGAACUGCUCCCAGGCAGUGGCCUUGGCAGAGGGUUACUUGGCAAAGGAGGACCGAGAGGUGCUGGGGCUAUUCAAAUCGGAGGAAGCUGAUUUCCCCCAGGCUGAGCACGCUCCAUCAUUUCCCAAGGAGUGGCCACUCUGCAGGGAGGUUAAGCAAGAGGAGGACUGUGAUGCCACCUUGCUGGCAGGCGACAAGAGGAUGUUUCAGAAGGAGGACCCCCAAAGGAGAAACUCCAGCAAAGUCCUGCCACACUGGAUGCUGUCGGAAGAAGCCGAACAGGAUAUUUCUGGCUGUUGUGAUCAAGGAGGGGCCUCCGAGAGCCUGCGGAAGAAUCACCCUGAAAUGGAAAAGGACAGUUUUAUUUGUUCUCGGGAAUGCAACAGGGGAUUUGACAAGGCAAUAAUGCAACAGAAGAUCCUCCCAGCAGAGACUGAUAAAACAAGUAAAUGUGGGGAAACUUUCAGUUGCCGGACCGAAUUCAUGAAUCAUCAGAGAAUCCACCCAGGAGAGAAACAGUUUGAGUACUUAGACUGUGCAGCAAGCUUCCAUAGUGACAAUAAUCUCCUUGUUUCUUAUCCAAGAAUAUGCUCUGGAGAGAAGCCAUAUAUAUGCUCAGUGUGUGGGAAGAGCUUCGUUGACCAUGCAAUUCUUACUGCACAUCAGGGAACCCACAGUGCAGUGAACCCCUACAAUUUUGCAGACUCUGGCCCAAAUGUUCCUCAUGAUGCAUUGCUUAUUAAAGAUAAGAGAAUGCAUGCAGGGGAGAGACCUUAUCAAUGUACCGAUUGUGAGAAAUGUUUUGGCACAAGGGCUAUCUUCAUGAGCCAUAAGAGGACGCACAUGGGAGAGAAACCCUACAAAUGCUCUGAAUGCGGGAAAUGCUUCAGCAUGGCCUCUGCCCUCAUUAGGCACAAGAGGACCCACACGGCAGAGAGACCAUAUAAGUGCUUGGAGUGUGGGAGGUGCUUCGGUGACCGGUCGGGCUUCAAUACCCACGCAAGAACCCACACGGGAGAGAGGCUCUACCGCUGCCUGGCGUGCGGGAAAAGCUUUGGGCGGCAAGCACAUCUCGUCGACCAUGAGCGGACCCACACGGGCGAGAAGCCGCAUGGAUGUUCUGAGUGCGAAAAGUGCUUCAGCAGUCUGUCCAUCCUCAUCAAGCACAAGCGGACCCACACGGGGGAGAAGCCGUACCAGUGUUCCUUCUGCGGGAAGAGCUUCAGCCAGAGUUCGAGCUGCAUGAAGCAUGAGAGGACCCACACGGGAGAGAAGCCAUACAAAUGUUUGUACUGCGGGCAAAGCUUCAGCCAGAACUCGAGCUGCGUGAGACACGAGAGGACCCACUCAGGAGAGAAGCUGCUUAAAUGAUUGCACUGCGGGAGGGGAGAAGGCUUUGGGCUAGGGGCCAUACCUCAGUGGUUGAGCACAUGCUUUGCCAUAUGAAAGGCCAUAGCGCAGUCAGAGCUACGUGCACAGCCUGCAAAGGUCCCAGGUUCUGUAAGAAUGUAAGAGGAGCCCUGUUGGAUCAGGCCAGUCGCCCAUCUAGUCCAGCAUCCUGUUCUCACUGUGCCGAACUAGAUGCUCUCCUGGGAAGCCCACAAGCAGGACUUGAGCGCAAUAGCACUCUCCCCACUUGUGAUUUCCCAGCAACUGAAAUCCCCAGCAUUUCCAGGCAGUGCUAGGAAACACACCUGCCUGAAACUUUGGAGAGCUGCUACCACUCAGUGUUGAUGAUACUGGGCUAAGAUGGAGGCUAGAUGGACCGAUGUAUACUGACUCAGUAUAAGGCACCUUCCUGUGUUCCUGUGAAGAAAUCCGAGGUUAAAUUCCAGGUGUCUCUGUUUCAGAAUAUCAGGCAGCAGGAGAUUGAAAAGGCUGUUGCCAGAUUUUACUCUUUUUUAUUUUAUUAAACUUGUAAAUCACUUUAUACUAAAGUUCCAAAGCUAUUUUAUAUAUAUAUAAAUAAAAAGUAGUAAAAACAUACUAACACAAUUAACAUUAUCAGUACAUACUAAAACAAUGAACCUAUUGUUGGAUUGAGCCUAGAUUGAGUAACUGUAACAACAAUGUUGUUAAAGGUGCCCUUACGUCCGGGAGAAUGAAAACAUACUUACCUGCUGUCUGAAUGAUAAUUACAUCAGUCUUGCCUCCCCAGGAAGAGCAUCCUAAAGACGGGGGCCAUUACAGAGAAUGCCCUGAGAACCUGGAGAGGCACUGCCUUUUGAAGUAGAGAAUACUGAACCAGAUGGAAGGAAGGUUUGCACUGGCCCAAGGCUGCAUCCUCCUCCUCCUCCUCAUUAUUAUUAUUAUUAUUAUUAUUGUUAUUAUUUCCCACCGUUCACCGUAAGUUCUCAGGGUGAAUCGCAACAAUUUAGAAUUAAA